GCACUGAACCAGUGCAUUUUGUCACUGUAAAAAAACCGAUAAUGGCUGAAUCCAAAAACCCCAAUACAUCUCAAAACCUUCCUUCUCCUCCUAAUUCUAAAAUUCCUUCAGAAAUCAGAAACGGUAGCUCCAACUCAAACACUAGCGCCAAUUUUUCUGGGCAAAAGGCCCACUGGCCGAACCCACCCGAUGCGACAAACCCGGACCCGGCGACGCUAAGGGAGCAGUGGAGGUUCGCAAUCAAGCAGUACAGCAGAUGGUACUCCCACGCUUGGGGCACAGCAAUUCUGGCGGGUCUCUCGUUCUUCGCUCUGGGUUGGAUUAUAAAGGGCUCGAACCCUCUGCCCUCUUUCAGGAAAGAGAAUUCUUCUUCUGAAUCCUCUUCUUCGACUAAUGAUGCCGAUAAAGCUCGCCGUUAAUAUGGCAAAGAAUCUCAAGUUUGAUAAUCUUGAAUAUGCUCAAAGUAACAUUCUUGAGAGGUUGAGGCAAUUUUUCCUUGCUUAAGCCGAGCAGCAUCCAGCCUUCUUAACUGCUGAAACAUCAUCUUUGCCUCCAACAUUGAUUGUCUGUCCCCUAGGCAGAGCUGCAGGGUCAUCUCCAAUGUCGAGUGUCUUCCUGCUUACGACUCGAUAAAUCUGAGUCAGCACUUCUGUGAAUGCAUUCUCGACGUUCAAAGACUCGAGCGCAGAUGUCUCCAUGAAGAACGUGUUCUCUCGUUCUGCAAAUCCCUUGGCGUCGUCGGUGGAAACAGCUCGAAGGUGACGCAGGUCUGCCUUGUUUCCUACCAGCAUGAUCACAAUGUUGGCGUCUGUGUGAUCCCUAAGCUCCUUUAGCCAUCUCUCAACGUUUUCAAAUGUUACAUGUCUAGUCACAUCAUAUACUAGUAACGCUCCUACAGCACCUCUAUAAUACGCACUUGUUAUGGCUCGAUAUCUUUACCAAAGAAAUUAUAAUUGCAAUUAGCCUCA